UUAUGUAAAUUUGCGAAUAUUUCGCCACAGUGCUGUUGUGCGUGAGCUAAUACAGCAGCAUGAUUGCAGCAUGCAAUCAAUAUACUUUCACAAACGGGUUGUUUCAUCGAAAAGGUACAGAUGGUACGUUGCAGUUUAAGGUCAGAGUCAACCGGUAAGGGAAUUCUGCCCAGCCGAGAAAUGUCAACCAGCUUCGCGAGAACCGUAAUCUCAGAAUGCUGGCGUUUUCAGCGGCUUCUGGAUCGGGCUGCACUGGUUGGCCUUCGAUGUAUUUCGGCUGUUCUUUGCAAAAGUAAAGCGAAAACGGUUUAUCGUCGGCUCUGGGAGAACGUCACACCUGAGUAAUUCUGUUUCGAUCACAGAGAAGCGUAAGAAGAUACCCAUCCGCUCGGUGCAAUGAAAACACAUGGAAAAUAAAUGUAUUACUGACUUUACUAUUACGGAAGGUCAUCCGUAGAUGGAGUUUUGAUAUAAAUAUAGAAUUCGCUUAUUGGGAUGGUAUCAUUCUUCAGUGUCCUGCUCUAGUAUAAACAGCUACAGAAACCUACAAAAAUGGCCUUUAAGAUCACUGUCCUGUUUGCCUGCCUGGCCUACGCCAGCGCUGGAUAUCUGGAACCAGCCACAACUUACCAAGCUGCCCCACUGGCCUAUAGUUCGCACCAAGCCUCAGCUCUGUCUUACGGAAACAGUGCUCCAAUUGCCCAACAUACCUAUGCCGCUCCGAUCGCACAUCAGGCCUAUGCUGCACCCAUCCAGACUUAUGCCGCCCCAAUUGCCCAUCAAGCGUACGCUGCUCCAAUUGCCCGGACCUACGCCGCUGCUCCUGCUCUAUCUUACGCUCGUAGCUACGCUCCAGCUCUAUCCUACUCGUCAGCUCCGGCCGUAUCCUAUGCUCACAGCUACGCUCCAGCUCUGUCCUAUUCCGCACCGUUGACCUCUGCCAAGACCCUGGCCAUCGCGCAGCCAGCUCUGUCCUACUCUGCACCUCUGGCCACCACCAAGACCCUGGCCAUUGCCCAGCCAGCUGCCAUCGCUCACUCCGCUCCUGCUGCUCUGGCCUAUGCUCCGGCUCAUGCCACCAGCUACACCAGCUCCUUCAUGAAGUACAACAGCCCACUGAUCGCCUAUGCCUAUUAGAAGUGAUACAUUCAACUAACCCAAUGUGUUCCUGUUCCUGUUUGUCGAAGACCGCGCGAACUUCUCCAGUUCGCACCAUAGUUUAUGGAAAUAUUGUUGAAUAAAACCAUCUGCGAUGCAGAAACCAAACUCACCCAAAGUAACACAUUGUAUCACAAACCAUCAACAGCAACGCCUCAAGACGACGCUGUCCUCAUCCUCGACUCAAAAUCAAUUCACCGCCACACUUGACGUCAACAGUUCUCUAAAAACGACAAAUAAUCCUCCAAACGUUCCAUAAUUGCCACAACCUUACCGCACACGACGACGGACGA